AUGGGAGAUCAACAAAGAAUUAAUAGAAAAGAUCUCUAUGACCAGGAGAGCGAAAUUGACGAAGACCCCAUCGUCUUGCCCAAUAUAGAGUUUGAGCUCAUCGAUGUAGCCCUGGAGGAGAACCCUACGAAUGGAAGCAUCGCUGCUGAAGAACCCGAAGAGUUUGCUUUUCCUCUUUUCUCAGCUCCAAGCUCUGAAGUGAUGACGGUGACCAUGAGAGAGGAGGAGUUGGACGAAGAUAUCAAUAACGAGCGACCCGAGUCUUACUAUCGAGCGAUAUAUUCGAGGAGCCAAAAAGAAGAGUUCGCAUUUGCUGCUGUAGAUGCAAGCUAUAUUUUCGAGUGGAGCCGAACGCUGUUCCCGGACUCGGCACCGUGGAAGGUAAUGAACCUUAGUAAGUAUAAUGAGACUGUGGAGAAGGAGAGGAGAAAGAACCGAAAAAGAAGACCGGGGAAGAAAAAGAGAGCCAACGUCAUUGUCUGCAAAGAGAGAAGACUACUAAGAGAAAAGGAGGAAAAGAAGCUUCGACGGGAGCAGGAAGCAAGAGAAAAGAGAAAGCGGUUCAAAAAGUGGACUGGUGGAGCACCAAAGGGGAAGGAGAAGACACCGCAAAAACCCAAGUAUAGGACGGAAUGA